CGGCUACUUUACGCUGCUAGCGUAGCGUACGUGCAGGCAGACAUGACCAUUCCCUGGUGAAGAAGAAAAGUCUCCCAUCCCAUUCACAGCAGCAUUAAGUGAAACCCUCAAGGGAGCCGGCGGAGUGAUAAUGCUGCUCGGGAGCUGGUGUCUGGCCCUGGUCCUCCCUGCCCUGGUCGCCGCUCAGUAUGAGGAGUACAGCUUCAAAAGUUUCCCGCAGAGCGAUCUCAUGCCGCUGGAUUCUGCGUACAGCCACGCUCUGGAGCUGUACGCCGAGCACAAAUGGGCAGAGAGCGUCAAGUACCUGGAGCUCAGCCUGCGGCUCCACCGCCUGCUGCGGGACAGCGAGGCAUUCUGCAGCCGCAACUGCAGCUCCGUCAGCCGGGACAACGACACGCUGUUCGCCGACAACAGCCUCCGCAUCGUGCGGCAUUUCCUUCUCAGGGCGUCGUGCCUUAAAAAGUGCAAGGCGAACUUCCCGGUGUUUAACAUCGCUUAUCCACGGAGGGAUGUCCUGGAAGCCUUCGACAAAAGGACGCCUUAUCGGUACAUACAGUAUGCAUACUACCAGCUUAACCACUUGGAGAAGGCUGUGGCAGCAGCCCACACCUUCCUACAGAAGAACCCUGAUGAUCCAUACUUAACCAAGAACAUGAACUACUAUAAGACGCUGUUUGACGUGGAGGAGUACCUCAUCAACCAAGAGGAGCAGCCGUAUGAGAGCGUGUUCCUGAAGGCCGUGAAGCUCUACAACAGCGGAGACUUCAGCAGCAGCACCCGCAACAUGGAGCAGGCCUUGACCGAGUUCUUCGACAUAUACGACCUCUGCUUAGCGGGCUGCGAGGGCUCGUACGAGAUCACCGAGUUCAAAGACUUCUAUCCCACCCUGGCAGAUCUGUACAUCGAGGUGCUGAAAUGUAAGGUGAAAUGCGAGGAGAACCUGACGCCCAACGUCGGAGGUUUCUUCGUGGAGAAGUUUGUCGCCACCAUGUACCACUACCUCCAGUUUGCUUAUUAUAAAAUGAAUGAUGUAAAGAACGCCGCUCCGUGCGCGGCUAGUUACAUGCUCUUUGACCCCGACGAUAAGGUGAUGCAGCAAAACGUAGCGUACUAUCACUUCUAUCAGGAGCAGUGGGGACUAGAAGAGAAAGACUUCCAGCCUCGGCCUGAGGCUCUGCGCUUCUUCAACCAGACGACCAAGCAGAAAGAGAUGCUGGAGUUUGCACUGAACUACCUACAAACAGAUGACGAGGACGUGGUAAGUCCAGAAGAGGUGGGCGCUUCUCACUCAGAGCCUCCUGAUGCCGAGUUUGAGGGCGUCGGAGACUAUGAGGAGUCCUUUAUGGCUGAUUGGUGGCAGGAGCCCAAAACCAAGUGGGACACCGGAGAGGCGGCCGAAUGACGUCCGUCCGUCCGUCCGUCGUCCCCCGAGUAGACACUUCCUCAUCCAACUCUCAUGAAAACAUGCCAAAGAAUGUAGGGCAGCCUACAGAGACAGACCCCGUGCAUUCACAGCAGCAUUCAUCUGAGAAACACAGCACACACACACACACACAGUCAUGUGCUGUUGGCCCAGCUGAGGGGGAAAAAAGGAGAAAUUCAUCUAUUGACUCCUAAUCAAGAUCAAAGAUCAACAUUCUCUGCCAAUGCUGCCAUCAGCCUUUUUAAAAACAUUAUUUUUAUUAUCUAUAGCUGGCUUUUUUUCUCGGCUACAUUUUUGUACUUGUUAAAGACUGUUACAGUGUUUUUUUUUUUUGUUUUUUUUUACAGUUUUUUAUUUAAUGAAAGCUGGAUGCCUGUGUGCCUUGGUGUCAGGAAUGUGAUAUGUGCCUUAUACUGAAUGACAUGUCAACCAACUACGGUGUUGUUACUGAACUGGGAAGAGAAACCGCCAAAUAAUUUGUCUGUCAACUGCAGAUAAUUUGUUUAUAAUUAAAGUAACAUAUUCUUUUAAUAUA